AUACAACAGUUUGAUCAUCAUCGCUGUCGAAACGGUGAAUGUAUCAUUGUUUUGGACAAAAGCGGGGAAACUAUCACCGCGUUGGAGAAAAAUGAGGAAACGUCAGAUCACGCUUCACCGCAUCGGACGACCAUGGUGAUAGCGCGAGUGACCAGGAUAGAUGACGUGGAAGCGCGAUCAACGGUGAAGCGCGAUCAACGCACUUCCACGUCAUCAAUCCUGGUCACUCGCGCCUUUCACCAUGGUCGUCCGAUGCGGUGAGUCGCGGAUUCUGGUUUUUUCUCCUAGAUCUGACGCCUCAAACCAACCACGUUAUCGAUCCGCGUCCUUCACCGUCUUCGAGGAAAGCAGGUUUGAUUCACCGUCUUCAACCAGAGCGGGGAAUGCUCUGUGGUCCUCACUAUAAAUACCACUCCUUCCCCCCUCAUUCCAAACCACACCACCACUUUUAUACUUCUUUCUCCCUCCAUUACUUCACUCUAGUCUCGUUCUAAGUAUGCUCUGUGGUUGCGGCUAAGUCCAAUCUUCCACAUCAGAAAGAAUUACUAGCGUUUUUAUUUUAUUUUCAAUCCUUUGCUCUAAAGUUUCGUCGAUACUCUCUCCAGCUUUUUGGCAAAAAUGGACGAAGAGGCUCUGAGAGUACGAUUUUUUUUCUUCUUUUGUGAUAUUUUUGUAAAUGGGUUUGAAAUAAUCUAAUUUCAUUUCACAUUUGUUUAUAGACGGGUGCUGAGAUAUACGACCCUCGUUUGUAUAUCGAUCCUGGCCCAAGGGAUCGAAAAUAUUUAAACGAGCAAGAACAACAUCGCUCCCAUUCAAUAUGAGACAAUAAUCCGCUAGACACUCCGUACUGUAUAAAUUUUUAAAUGAUUUCAUUAGGUUAAAACUUUUUGUUUUGCUUUUUUUUUCUAACAAAACAUUGUAUUUUUUGUUUUGUUUUGUAGGAAUCACUUAUUCCCAUCAGUCAUCGAGGGACAUGUCGAUUGCCUAUUUGGCAUCCUCAACUGGAGCCCUAUCUAGAGAGGACGGGAUUGCACAUGCUGAGGCAUUUCAUGCGGCUAGAUAUCGACAACGAUCUGCUUUGCCGACCACAACGCUCGUUCAAGGGGUUGGGCAUCCACCUUUCAAAGGGGGCAAGUUUCAAUCCCGUGGCUUGUUGAACACAUCCAAUAGGAGGUUAAUUUAGGGCCAGACACCCCCCGAAGAUCAGGUGGAGCGAUAUGCACGCGUCUACCUCAUUGAGUUGGUUGGUGGAUUUCUGUUCCCCGACAAGGCAAACCGGUGUAUUCAAGGCAUGUGGUUGCCGUUGCUCCUCGAUGAUUGGGACGAGAUCGGGGGAAAGAGUUAGGGGUCGGCCGUAUUGGUUGGGAUCUACCGAGAAGUGUGCACUUGCUCGAGGUUGGGAGCGAAACAAGCUGGAGGUGCGAUGUUCAUACUCCAACUCUGGGCAUGGGAGCAUCUUCCAAUGUUUGCCCCCCAAGACCCGCGGGAAUUCUGGGGUCCAGAUGAGGAGCUAUGCGCACUAGCAAAUCCCCGAUAUGGUGUCAACUAUCAAGUGACAUGGGAUCCAUAUCCACCUCAAGUCAUCGAGAUUCAUCGUCUUAGACACCCCCAGGAUGUACAGACGUGGUUGUGCAAGGUGCCCUUGAUCUGUUGGCACAUGGUGGAGUGGCACCUGCCGGAUCGAGCAUUGAGGCAGUAUCGGAUGGAGCAACCAAUUCCAGCAUCCCCACCUCAAGGGUUCAAAGAGCUCCAUGCCAUCGACCUACAUCACAAAUCAAAGAAUUGGAUCCGCAAGCAUGAGUUCUACAUCAACAUUUGGGAGAAUAGAGCGACUUGGGCUGUCCAAGGUUUACUAGAGACGAGGCCAAUGGGGUACCACGAUGGUACAUGGUGUGGUAUCCAAAAUUCACACUUAGAUGGGUAUCAAAGCAAGGUGCUGUGUGUGGAGCGGUGGUUGAUGGCUUGGAACAUGCCAAGCACACUGUCGAGAGUGCUCCUAUCAUGGACUAGCGGAAGACAUCUUUCCUACGGAGGCUUUUCAAUAACCUGCUCAGGUGUACGCGAGAGCAAAGGAGGGAUGUCAUCGUAUACCCUCCAGUGCCUGAUCCGCCUCGACCUUCUUUCCUUGAUGAUGCCGCCAUUGUGCCCUAGCUGAGCCCCCACGGUGGAGUAAGAAAAGAGCCUAGCCAAA